AAAUAAUCAAAUAAUCAAAUAACUUUUUUUCAAAAUAAUCAAAUAACUUUUUUUCCCCCGGUUUUACAGAACCUCUGUUUUCGAGGACACGUGGCAUUUCCUUCGGCGUCUAUCUGUCAAAGCACCGUGUGAGAUCAUGGCGACGCGUGUGCCCAGACGGCGUUUAAACCCUUCCGUCCAAAACCUCAUCUCCCUUCUUCUCUAUCGUCGUUCGUGGUUCCUUUAGCCGAUCGUUUCGCCGAAGCUCAAUAGAUUGAAUUAAUAUGGAAGGAUCGAAGAGAAGUUCGCUGGGUGCGCGAAAGAAGGUCAAGAGGAAGAGCAGACGACUCGUCAGGAGUAUUGUGACCUUCCUCAAAUCCGACGCAUACUUGUUCGCUCCUCUGUUUCCCAGUUCUCCACCGCCCCCGCCGCAGAUUCAGACGCAUCCUCCGUCUAAUUUCGAGUCAUCGAAUUCGGAAGACUUAUCUAUGGCCGCAGGGUUUGAGGCUUUAGGGAUCGAGAGGGUUAAUAAGAAGACCAAGAGAAGAACGUCGGAGAAAGUUAAGGAAUAUCUCAAAUCUGAUUAUCAUAUGUACGGACCGAUGAUCUCACUUCCGAACCUUGGUUCUUCACUUAAAGGGAAACUGCAAAUCACAAACUUGGUUACGAUGGAAGUAUCAACGAGUACUACUAAAACCAUGAGGGAUGAUGAUAAAAACAGCUAUAGGAAUCUCAGGUCAGACAUUGCAGAGAAGACAUUGCAUAACGGAAGGAUCAAUUCUCCGAAACGAGCAGUGGUUAUCGUAGAAGGACAACGAAGCCGUGAAACAGAUGUUUCACCAGCCUUUGCCUCUCCACCAGUGACAUGUCUAGUAGAAAAAUGUCUUAAGAGGGAAAGGUUGGUGAAGCCAGAUCAAAGGAGAGUUACAAUUGAGCGAAGAUGAUACUGUAGAUAUCGUAGACAACGUAAUCAUUGUAAAAUACAAGUCAAUUACAUACAAUAGUUGGAGGACUUAUGAGAGAAAGAGAAUAGGUUUUGUGUGAUUGGAAAGUUUUUUUUUUUUUUUUUUUUUUGUUAGUUUUUCUUGUUGAUAAGCUUUGUAGGAAGUGAUGUAUGAAUGAGGAUGACAAAGAUGUGUGUCUGUCUGAACAUAUUGCCAUGUUACCUGUCUGGUCUUUGAUAAAUUAGUUUAAAUGUCAAGAAGAAUGUAAAAAUUG